CUCAACAGUCUCUCUCUUGUUUCUCCAGCAUCUCUUUCAGAGGCCUUCAACAUCGACACUGAACAUCCACUGAGAUUUAACGGCACGCCGGAAGAUUUCUUUGGUUACAGCGUUUAUCAGACUGAGUUUGGAAACAUGAAGCAGAUCAUUGUUGGAGCUCCAUUGGAAGGAAACUCAACAGGGGAGAUGUACAGCUGCACAGCAGAUCUGCAGUCCUGCAAACGGCUGCAGCGUCCAGGUUCAGAGAGCGUCCGCUUCUUCGGCAUGUCUGCUGCUGUGUCUUCUGCUGCUCUCACUAGCUGCAGUCCGUAUGUUCCUCAUGAGUGUGAUGGAAACUCGUAUCUGAACGGUGUUUGUUAUCAGUUCAACAGCAGCUUACAGAUUGUCUCUAACUUCACCGCCGCUUACCAAGAAUGCACCAAUAGAGAAGUCAAUCUGGUGUUUCUCUUUGAUGGAUCCAGCAGUAUGAAAUUCCACGAGUUUGAAAUGAACAAAAAUUUUAUUAAAGAAGUUAUGAGAAAACUUUCUAACUCAUCCAUAAAGUUUGCUGCUGCUCAGUUUUCAGGAGAUGUACGAAUUGUGUUUGACUUCAACGAUUAUCAGAACGGCUCCGCGGAAGAGAAACUCAUGAGAGAGAAACACAUGAAAUCUCUUUCAAAUACACAUAAAGGAAUCAACUACAUUCUAAAGAAUCUGCUGAAUAGCGUGUCGUCUGGAGCCGAUCCCUACGCUCAGAAAGUUCUGGUGAUCAUCACAGAUGGAGAUCCCAGUGAUAACAAUGAUGAUUAUGAUUAUAUCCUCAAGAGAUGUGAUGAGCAGAAUAUCCUCCGUUACGUCAUCGGGGUGGGAAUUGUUCAUUUCACUCAACUCACUCAGAUGGCAUCAGAACCAAAACAGAACAACACAUUAUUAAUUCGAAACUACACUCGACUCGAAGGAAUUCUUGACAACCUGCAAGAAAAGAUCCACAAUAUUGAAGGUACGAUAAGAAGUAGACAGAGAGAUUUAUCACAGAGUGGAUUCAGUGUCGUCUACCAGGAGGACUCUGUGAUCAUGGGUUCAGUCGGAUUGAAUGACUGGCGUGGAGCUCUGUAUGAAUUGACGGGAUCAGGAUCUGAAUUCAGACAGACAGAGAUCCUUGGUCCAGCUUUAAAUAAAGACUCGUACAUGGGUUUCUCUACUGUGCUGGGGAUGAGACACGGCGUCUCUCUUCUGUUCUCUGGAGCACCGCGGGCUGAACACAGGGGUCUUGUGACCCUCUUCACCAAGAAUAAAAGCACAUGGACAGUGACGAGCAACAUCAAUGGAGAACAAAUUGGCUCAUAUUUCGGAGCGUCUCUGAGUCUGUUGGAUGUGGACUCGGAUGGAAACUCAGAUUUCCUGCUGGUUGGAGCUCCAUUAUUUUACCAGUCUCAGCCAAAGGCUGAAGGGAGGCUGUACGUCUACACUUUAUCAGACCAGAAGUAUUUUCAGAAGACACUGAAUGUGAGCCAGUCAAGCACAUGUAGAUUUGCUACAUCUGUGGCUUCACUAAAGGACCUGAAUGGAGACAGUCUGUCAGAUGUGGCAGUCGGGGCGCCGCUGGAGAAUGAAGGCGUUGUCUACAUCUACCUGGGUGAUGGGACGCAUGGCAUAAACCCUGAACACACUCCUCAGCGGAUCCCAGCACGGUCAGUUCUCCCGGGUCUGCAGCAAUUUGGAGUGUCUCUGUCUGGUCAGAUGGACAUGAAUGAUGAUAAUCUGACAGAUAUCGUGAUCGGAGCACAAGGAGGGAUCGUCCUGCUCAAGGCUCUGCCUGUGAUGUCUGUAUCUGCGAAGCUCAGUUUCAAUCCAAAGGAAAUUAGUCUGAACAACUUUGAAUGUCCGGGUGACAACACAUUUAAUGCAUUUAAUCUCACGUCAUGUUUCACGGUGACCGAGAGAACCAGCAGCAAAGGAUCUCUGGAGAAGAAUCUGAAUGUUUCUCUGAAUCUGAAUGUGGAUGUGGUACGAGGAAUGAGUCGAGGAUUCUUCAAUUCAAUGAAUUCGUCGUCCAGUUCUUUGCAGCAGUUUGUUCUGCUGGAUUCUGGGAUUUCCUGUUCCAAUUUCUCCAUCUUCAUGCUGCACUGUGUUGCAGACACAGUAUCUCCUCUGAAGAUACAAAUUAAUUUCUCACAAACUGAGAAGUUGUCUGGAAACCCGGUGGCUGUUCUCGACAUCAACAGCAGGACGGAGGAGCAUGUCGAGGUGCCGUUUCAAUGGAGAUGUAAUUCAAACAACAGCUGUGUGGCGGAUCUGAAGCUGAACUUCAGUUUUAUGAACGACACAUUAGUGGUGAAGAAUCAAGCUUAUUUCACGGUCCUUGUAUCGCUGGCAAACCCAGGCGACGACUCCUUCAACACCAGCAUAGUUCUGCAUUACCCAGAAGGCCUCUCGCUCGCUAAAUUUGAUGCUAUUAAGCCGAGUCUGACUCGAAUCAGCUGUGGUGAUGAAGACAGCGGUGCUACGAACAGAACAUCCUGCAGCAUCAAUCUACCAGUGUACCGCAGCGGCACCACAACUCAGUUUCUGGGAACCUUCCGUGUGACAAAAUGGGAUAACGAUUGGUCUGACCGGUUGGAGAUGAUGAUCACUGCCAACAGUGAUAACAAUGGUAACAUGAGUGAUACGGUGGUGAGGAAGAGCGUCCCGGUGCAGUUCUCCGUUGAUCUGGCGAUCAGUCUAGUGGCUGAAGACUCUGUGACGUAUCUGAACUUCUCUCUGGAGGACAGAGGUCCAAAACCUCUCAACAUCAGCUACAAGGUGGAGAAUCUGGGUGUUAAAGGUCUGCCGGUGUCGGUCACGCUCACCCUGCUCUGUCAGACUACCCAUGUGAUUUUAAGACCUCAUAGCUUCAGCAUGCAGGAGAACUCGCUGCAGUGCAACUUCAAGCCAGAACAGCAGGACAGUAACUGCGGGAAGUUUGAGUGUCAUCCGUUUCUUCUGCAGAAAUCUUCAGUAGCUCACUUCAACCUGAUGGCACAUGCAGCUCUACAAAAUGUCAAGGAAUUCAAGAGUAAAUACUCCUUCUACGAGUUCAGGAUGGAUUACGUGUUCAACAUCAGCGCUGAGCUCAAAUUCAACACAAGCCACCACAAGCAGAUGUCAAACAAGCAGGAUGAUCCCCACAGAUCCCAGACUGCAGUGAAGGUGGAGUUUGUUGUUCCUCCCAGUCGAAUGCUGAUUGUUGGCACUGGUGUAGUGGGCGGGUUUAUCUUCCUCAUCAUAUUGAUCCUUCUGCUGAAAUGUGUGUUUUUUACAGUAAAGUCCCCCGAAGUUUAUGAAAAUAGGAUGGUGGUUCUACUCAAAUUCAUCAAUAAAGAAAACUGACGUCUGAGUCAGUGUUUUGAAGGAGGGCUCAAAACUGAAGUUCCUUUUUUAUGUUAAUGAUUUUUAAUGGUCCAGGUUUAUGACCAGGUUUUCUUCAUUUUCAGUGUGUUCAGUAUGUUUAGUUUAAUGAUGUUCUUUCCAGUGUCUUUGUAGUUUAUUUAUAAUAUCCUAAGUUACAUACAUUUUAUGGUGUUUUUUUUCCAUUAAACAGUUUUUGUCU